GUUUAACGGAAUUUGAGUCCUCACAAGCAGCCAACCUUUCCUUACAGUCGAGUUUCUGACCUUAUUUCUGUCUUUUUUCAAGAUGAACAGAAUUAUUCUCCAGCUCCUUGCGGUCGGAUUCUGCUUUGUAAUCGGUCAAGCUCUACAGUGCUACAAAUGCAGCAUUGGCUUGGGAGAACUCUGCAUAACCACUACAACUACAUGUGAAAGCGAUGAACAAUGCUUCAGUGGCCUCGGGACUGCAGCCGGCUUCGUGGAUAUCAAGAUGAAGGGCUGUCUAAAAGUGUCCGAGUGCAACAAGACAAAGUUCAAGGACAUCCCCUCCAUCUCCAACUCCACCAUCUACUCCAUGAACAAGACGUGCUGCGACUACGACCUGUGUAAUGCUGCGCCCGGUCUGCCUGGGUCCUACGGCCUCAGCCUGACCCUUGCCACCAUCACUGCUGUGUUUGUGGCAAAUGUCCUGGUUUGACAGAAAAUACAGCAGAUGACACAAAGUGCACACACGCGCACACACACACACACACACACACACACACACACACACGGGUCUUGUGUUUAUUAUCCUUGAGGUGUAUUAUGCUUAAGUGUUUAUCAAUUGAAGUUUAAUCAAUAAGCUGUUCUUUUUUCACUGAAUGGGAUAUUAAAAUAUUAGUUGACAAUUUAAAUUGUAAAACAAGUGUGUAACGUCAAAGAUGAUUUAAGAUGGAAAAACCUAUGUUUUUUUAAAGUGCCCUACAAUUAAUAAAGUAUAUCUUAACUUUCUCCACUUGAAAAAGUAGCAUAACAUUUAGUUAAGGGGACACAUGAAUCAAAUGUCAGGCAAUUCACACAAAAUAGUGAAUAAAUGUAGGUUAAUUAAUGCCAAUGCAGCUCAAAGGAAUAGUCCAUUAUAACAUUUUGGGAAUUUUGGACAUUCGCUUUUUUUUUUUUUUUUUUUGGUGCAUGUGCGUGUUUUUUGGCCGGGAAUUGGAUUAGAAGAUUGAUUGCUCUCUCAUUUCUGUCCAUUCAAUCUGAAGCUUAUCUUAGCAUAAAGACUGGAAACGGCUAGUCUGGCUCUGUACAAAGGCAAAGAAAAUGUGCCUACUAGCCCCUCUAAAGUUCACUAAUUAACACUUCAUAUCUAUUUGUUUAUUGUCCACACAAAUGUCAAAAAAGUUGCGUUUUUACACACACAACUUAAUUUGUGAGAUUUAAAGUUGUAGUAAAUGCAUUCUUUUACCAUUGGACAGAGCCAGGCCAGGUGUUUGCCCCUGUUUCCAGUCUUUAUGCUAAGCUAACCGUCCCCUCAUGGUAGCUUCAUGUUUACUGUGCACAGAUGAAUGCAUUCUACUUAUGUAACUCUAUGAAAAAAGGGGAAUAAGCAUUUUUCUCAAAACUUUGAUCUUGUGCUUUUAAUAAAUUGCCUUUGACCGGCUGUAUUGUCAUUUUAGAGUCAUAAUAUUCAAAUACCAGUAUAUGGAUUUCAAAGCUUCUAUGAACGUUUCAAUUGCUACUCAUUUCAUUUAUUGCCAUUCUCUAUGCGGUCACUUUAUUAACGUGUUAAUGUAAAUUGUCUUGGCUUAUGUCUGAUAGUGUCUGUGAAAAGAAUUAUUUUUCUUGUUUGGGUUUUUUUUUUUUUUUGGCACAAAUAACUCCAAUUCUGUGUUUACCCGGUUUUAUUUUUAAUAUUCGUGUCGUAAACACACUGCACAUUACUCAAACUGUGGGGUAAAAGCAUUUGUUUAUCUUGCUAGAUUCUAGCAAUUUAAAAUGUGUCGGGCUGACCUUAUUUAACACAAAUCAUUAAAGAUGAAUUACUGUCUGAAUGUUUUUAGUGAAAUGGGUUAUGUAGACAAUUUGAAGAAUGCAAUAAAUAUCCAAACUGGGGAAAAACUAA